AUGAUUCUCAAGCCCCAGAGUGAACUCGAAUCGCCAGCUUUCGAUAUGGUUUUACCUUUCCUACUUUUCCAACAAUGGGCGACUGUUGCAGCCGCAACGAACGACAACCCGAAGACUGUACCGUGCAAAGCAUCGUCCUUUACAGACCCAGUCAUUCCAGGCGCCAAGGUACUCUCCAUAAAAGCAGAAGAGAGGCGAAAUUUUGACAUACCUGCCGUUCCUGGACUUCUUGAGCCAGUAACCGACCUCAACUUCUGCGACGUGCAGAUGUACCUCACCCACCCAGGAUCCAACGACAAAGUACUUGUAAAGACAUGGCUACCGCUCACGAGAGAACUCUGGAACGAUCGUUUCCAAGCGAUAGGUGGUGGUGGCUGGGCAACGGGCAUGCUCGAUCUCUCGCUCGGUCCGGCGGUCGCAACCAGCUAUUCCGCAUCAUCCACAGACGGCGGACAUCCAGUUGAUUAUUUCAGUGCGGACUGGACACUGAAUGAGAAUAAGAGCGUCACUUGGGAUCUCCUGCAGAACUUCGGAACGCGAAGUCUAGCAGACAUGAUCCAUGUCGGCAAGAGCCUUACUGAGCAGUACUAUAGUCAAAAGCCGCGCUACUCGUACUGGAAUGGAUGCUCUCAGGGUGGCCGACAAGGUUAUGCCGUCGCUCAGAGAUAUCCGGACUUACUCGACGGCAUUUUGGCUGCAGCACCAGCUUUGAGAUUCCCAGCGCUUACGAUGUCUUUCCUCUGGCCAAACCUUGUCAUGAAGGAGAUGGGAACAGUGGUCAGCAAUUGCGAGUUCAACUGGUUCGCCGCGAAAGCCCUUGAAGAAUGCGACAUUCUGGAUGGAGCCAAAGACGGAGUCAUCGGAGACCCGGAGACCUGCACGUUCGAUCCACGAACGCUCAUCGGACAGAAGUUAGAAUGCUCCGGUAUCGAGAUCGAGGUCACAGAAGCCAUGGCAGAUGUCGUGCACAAAGUUCAUGAGGGUCCCACUACGCCAUACGGUUCGAACGUCUUCCCAAGUCUUACUCACGGAACAUCUCUCAGCACAUUUGUGAAUGCUACCACUAACCCCGACGGCACUCGCACCUUGAAUGACCCUGGUCUCGACGUUUUCGCUCGAACUGUGCUCUUGAGAAAUUCGGACACAUACAACGUUGCCAAACUGACCCCAACCGAAUUUUGGUCCCUCUGGGUGCAAACAGACGAGGAGUAUGGCUGGAUCAUGGACGGGGAUAACCCAGAUCUUUCCGCUUUCCGCGACGCAGGCGCGAAGCUGCUCAGCUGGCACGGCACCAAUGACGACAUCAUUCCUCACAAGACCACUAACAAAUAUCGCCAGCGCGUUGAAAGGGAGUUAGGAGGUGCAAAGGCUGUGGAUGAGUUCUACAGGUUGUUCCUCGCUCCAGGUGUAAAACACUGUGGGUUCGGUAAUGGCGCAGUGCCAAAAGAUCCACUCGAGACUCUACGAGAUUGGGUGGAGAAGAGCGAAGCGUCUGAUACGCUGGCAGCGGAAACCCGGAGCGAAGCGGACGAGCUUGUGACAAGAAACUUGUGUCGGUACCCCAGAACACUUAAAUACCUAGGCACAGGAGACGUGAACAGGGCAAGUAGCUGGAGCUGCGUGGGCGGUGAUGGGGACGCGGUAUUGAAAAACGGAGAGAAAACUAGAGACGAGCUGUGA